AGGCUGCGACGAACUUGCCGUCUCCGCCCCGACAGCUUCCCAAAGGCUCCAAUCUUGAACACCCUCAACCCCAAGAGAUCCGCUGCGUCGCAGCUGACUCACGAUGUCAGACGAUCCGAAACCGAAGGGAUUCCCCGACGUCUCAGCGAAACUCUCUGCCCUCCCUAAGAAAUCGCUCUUCGAGCGCCAGAAAGCCGAAGCCGAAGCCAAGCGUGCCCGAGAACGAGCUGAAACCGCUGCUGUUUACGAAGACUUCGUUAAGUCAUUCGAAGAUGAUUCCCCCGCGCCAGAUCGCCCCUCCGCAGAUGGAAGACUGAGCAGGUUCAACCCCAGAAGCUCUGGAUUUGGAGGAGGCCCUGCAAAACGACAUUUCACCAGUACCGGCCCGCGCUUGAGCGGGCCUGGGACUUUAGGACCACCGCCAUCAUCGCUCUCUCGGAAACGUACACACGAAGGGUUCCAACCAUUGCAUCGAAAUCGCGAUUCUGCGCAUGGAGUGCUAGGUUUCGAGAAUUCCGCUUCGCCCGCCGCGGCCUUUCACACUUCGGACGAUGAGGAAGGAGCUGUUGAUACGAAAGAGGCCGAACGAGCUGCAGCUAAACCCACGCUGUACUUGGCAUCACUGCCUCCUGGGACGUCACCAUCGGUGAUCAAGUCGUUAAUACCGUCGGUUCUCUCGGUUGAUAAUGUCAAGCUCCUGCGCCCCUCCGGUCAGCCAUCGGACCGGAAAUCGAUGUCCGCCAUUGUGACUCUUGCAAAUGAAUCAGCAGCGUCAGACAUCGACAGUACAGUCAGCGCGCUUCAGAACAAAUAUUUGGGAUGGGGUUACUAUCUAUCUAUCUCGAGGCAUCUAUCCUCAGCUGCUAUCAGCUCGACAAUGCCAGUAACUGUCGGCCUAUCAUCAACGAGCUCUCUGCCUUUUGGUGCCAAAUCUGUUGGCCCUGAAAUGGGAGGAAGGCUGAGCCGUGCUCCGCCCCCCGGUUUGCAUCGCGGUGGCUUCGCGCCUCCGGCCUCGUAUGGGCCAGCUUUUGGCCGAAGUGGUCCCAGUACCCAAGUCGAGGUGAAAGCGCCAUCAGACCUGAAACAAUUGAAGCUCAUACACAAAACAUUGGAGAGUUUGUUGUACCAUGGCCCGGAAUUUGAAGCUCUUCUCAUGAGCCGGCCUGAAGUCCAAAGAGAAGAGAAAUGGGCCUGGAUAUGGGAUGCAAGAAGCGCCGGAGGGGUAUAUUACCGAUGGAAAUUAUGGGACGUUGUCACCAAAGGUUGCCCCAGGGGAAAUAGACGAGGGAAAAUGCGGGAUCCGCUACUUAUUUUUGAAGGUGGCCCCAGCUGGGUUCCUCCAGAGGGAAAUACUAAGUUUGAAUACAUCACUCAGAUUGAUGAAUUCGUUUCUGACGAAGAUUACGACUCUUCUGAUGAAGACCUCUCUGAUAUGGAAGACGAUAGGCGGCAACAUGGCGGAGCGCCUCCAGCUGAUGGACUAGGUGCAAGUAACGAUGGAUUGGGCUACAUGAAUCCUCUUCAGAAGGCCAAAUUAACCCAUCUUCUCGCUCGUCUCCCAACGACUCACGCGAAGCUACGGAAAGGCGAUGUCGCGCGUGUUACUGCUUUCGCUAUUGAACAUGCCGGUGCAGGAGCAGAAGAAGUUGUUGAGAUGAUCGUGUCAAACAUAAAAGAACCGUUUGCUUAUACCGGAGCCAACCCUGAUCGGGAAUGGGAAAAGGGUGAGGCUCGACGAAAUCAGGCAGCAGAUGUUUCGAAUGACACUGAAGAGGCGCGCUCUCAGUCUAAGGGCAAUUUAGAUCUAUCUUCUGCGAAACUGGUGGGUCUGUAUCUCAUUUCCGACAUCCUCUCCUCUUCUGCCACCAGUGGCGUACGGCAUGCUUGGCGGUAUCGGCAAUUGUUCGAGUCAUCGUUGAAAGCACAUCAAGUUUUUGAACAUCUUGGAAGGCUGGAGAAAGACUACAGUUGGGGUCGACUAAAGGCCGAGAAAUGGAAACGAAGUGUCGGGUCUCUGUUGCAUUUGUGGGAAGGGUGGUGUGUCUUCCCGCAAUCGAGCCAGGAACACUUUUAUGAGGUCUUCGACAAACCACCACUUACGGAAGAAGAACUUCGGGAAGAAAGGGAGAAGGCGGAAGCCGAACGAGCCUCCAAUGCAUUUCUCAAGAGCAAAAGUCGCUGGAAGUCGCUGGAAGAAGACACAACGCCACAGAAGUUUGAUCCCGGUCGACCUCCCGAAGCUGGGCCUAGUCGUAUGGACAUUGACCAAGGAGACAACGGUGAAUUCAAUGGGGAGCCAAUGAGUGAUAUUGAUGGAGAACCGAUGGAGGACAGUGAUUUGGAAGAUCCGGAUGGUGAACCUAUGGAGGAAGAGGAGACCUUGAUGGAAGAGAGUCGUCGGAAAGAGCAGCCGGAGAAGCAGCCGGAGCCACCAGCUCAACCCGAGCCUCAGCGGCUAGUUCGCAAACCUCGACCCAAGGCGGAAGAUAUGUUCGCGGAUUCGGAUUCGGAGUGAGGUGUCUUGUCAUGAACCUAUAUGAUCUUUUCACUAUGUACUGUACGUAGUAAGAUAGUAAUAACUACUGGGAGGGGUUGAUACAAUUUCUAGUACCGUUGGUUAGGA